AUGGCUCAGUUGGUUAGCAAAAAUGAAGCCAAGUCUGCUGGCAUGGAGCUAGAAGAGAUAGGGAGGAGCAUAAGGUCAUCCUUUCAGUUUGCUGCAUCAAGUUUUCGGAGAAGUUUCAGCAGUUCCAUAAAGGAUGAUGAAGAAGAUGAGCUUAAGUGGGCUGCCAUUGAGAGGUUGCCUACAUUUGAACGGAUAAGAAAAUCACUCUUUGAUCAGUACAUUGAUCAAAAUGAUGAUGGAAAACAGAAGGAGAAGAAUGUAAUUGAUGUUACCAAGCUUGGAGCUCUAGAGAGACGUGUGUUCAUUGAGAAUCUCAUCAAGCACAUCGAGAAUGAUAACCUUCGGCUCCUCCGGAAGCAAAGAGAGAGAAUAGACAGAGUAAAUGUGAAACUGCCAACUAUAGAAGUGCGAUACAAGAAUCUGUGCGUGGAAGCAGGGUGUGUAGUAGUUCAUGGGAAGCCCCUCCCAACUUUAUGGAAUGCUGUCAAGAGCAAGUUUUCAGUAAGCCUGAAGUCUGAAGAAGCUAAAAUUAGCAUUUUGAGAGAUGUCAGUGGGAUCAUAAAGCCCUCAAGGAAAGUGAUGACACUCUUACUUGGGCCUCCAGGAUGUGGGAAAACUACUUUGCUGCUUGCACUGGCUGGGAAACUAGACAAAUCUCUCAAGCUGGAAGGAGAAGUGUCCUAUAAUGGCUUUGGAUUGGAGGAGUUUGUUCCUGAGAAAACAUCAGCUUACAUAAGCCAAUAUGACCUACAUAUUCCUGAAAUGACAGUGAGGGAGACAUUGGAUUUUUCAGCACGCUUUCAAGGUGUUGGAAGCAGAGCAGAAAUUAUGAAGGAGGUGAGUAGACGGGAGAAGCAGGCAGGAAUUAUGCCGGAACCUGACAUAGACACAUACAUGAAGGCAAUAUCAGUGGAGGGAUUAGAAAGAAGUCUCCAAACAGACUACAUCUUGAAGAUCAUGGGACUGGACAUCUGUGCAGACACAAUAGUAGGGGAUGCCAUGAGAAGAGGCAUCUCAGGUGGUGAAAAGAAAAGACUGACCACAGGAGAGAUGAUUGUUGGACCGAUGAAGGCUCUCUUUAUGGAUGAAAUAUCCACUGGCUUAGACAGUUCCACAACCUUCCAAAUCGUCACUUGCCUCCAACAGUUUGCUCAUAUAACAGAAUCUACUGCAGUGAUUUCACUUCUUCAGCCGGCUCCUGAGACCUAUGAUCUUUUCGAUGACAUCAUCUUAAUGGCAGAAGGAAAAGUUGUGUACCAAGGCCCUCAUAGUCACGUUCUCAGCUUCUUUGAAGAAUGUGGUUUCAGAUGCCCAGAAAGAAAAGGAGCAGCUGAUUUUCUACAGGAGGUUUUGUCUAGAAACGAUCAAGAGCAGUACUGGUCUCGUCAAGAUGAGUGUUAUAGAUAUGUUUCUGUAGAUCAAUUUGUGGAAAAAUUCAAAACACAUCACAUUGGACAGAGUCUUGAUGAGGAGCUAUCAAAGCCUUAUGACAAGUCCCAGUGCCAUAAGAAUGCUCUAUCCUUCAAUACCUAUUCACUGUCAACAUGGGAACUAUUAAAAGCUUGCACAGCAAGGGAAUUGCUUCUUAUGAAAAGGAACUCGUUCAUUUAUAUAUUCAAAACAAUCCAGCUUGCAAUGGCUGCAGUCAUCGCAAUGACUGUAUUUUUGCGUACUCGAAUGGAAAUUGAUAUGGUUCAUUCUAGUUACUAUCUAGGUUCACUCUAUUUUGGACUGCUGUUAUUUAUGGUUAAUGGAAUCCCACAGUUGUCCCUGCAAGCUUCAAGACUUCCAGUUUUCUACAGACAAAGGGACUUUUAUUUCUAUCCUGCAUGGGCAUAUGCUAUUCCAGCUUCUAUCCUAAAGAUUCCCAUAUCUUUAAUCGAGUCUGUAGUAUGGACAUCUCUUAUUUACUAUGUUAUUGGGUACAGUCCUGAGGCAGCAAGAUUCUUCCGCCAGUUACUCCUAUUUUUUCUCGUCCAUCAAAUGUCACUAUCCCUCUACCAUUUUAUUGCCUCAUAUUUCCAGACAAUAGUGACUUCAACCAUCAUUGGUACCUUAGCUUUAGUAAUGAUACUCAUGUUUGGAGGCUUCAUUCUACCACGACCCUCGAUACCCGGUUGGUUGAAGUGGGGAUUUUGGGUCUCUCCACUGACAUAUGCAGAGAUAGGCUUAGCUGUAAAUGAGUUUCUUGCACCAAGAUGGCAAAAGACUUCAUCAGCAAACAUCACCACCAUAGGACAUCAAGUCUUGACAAGCCGUGGACUAAACUACAACGGCUACUUUUAUUGGAUUUCAGCAGGAGCACUGCUUGGAUACAUUCUUUUGUUCAAUACUGCAUUUACUCUGGCAUUAACAUAUAAAAGAUCUAUCGGGGCAUCUCGUGCUAUAAUAUCUCGUGAGAAGCUUUCUCUAAUACAAGGAGAUCUCACUAGCCCAACAGACCUGACAAAUAUGUCCCCUGUUGCACCUAGUUCAACUACUUCAGAACCCAAAACUGGGAGGAUGGUUUUACCUUUUAUUCCUCUCACAAUAGCAUUUCUGGAUGUGCAAUACUAUGUUGAUACUCCACAGGUAAUCAUGCUCCAAUUGCUUCACAAUAUCACUGGUGCAUUCCAGCCUGGUGUUCUUUCUGCAUUGAUGGGUGUCAGUGGAGCAGGGAAAACAACUCUCUUAGAUGUUCUCGCUGGAAGGAAAACUGGAGGUAUAAUUGAAGGAGAUAUAAGAAUAGGAGGGUAUCCCAAGGUACAGGAAACAUUUGCUAGGAUAUCAGGUUACUGUGAGCAGACCGAUAUACAUUCCCCACAAAUUACCAUAGAAGAAUCUGUAAUGUAUUCAGCUUGGUUGCGUCUGCCACCUCAAGUUGAUCCAAAAACAAGAUCUGAAUUUGUAAGUGAAGUCCUUGAAGUCAUUGAACUUGAUGGAAUCAAAGAUGCGUUAGUUGGGAUACCAGGGGUUAGUGGUCUAUCUACCGAGCAACGGAAACGACUAACAAUAGCAGUGGAGCUUGUUUCUAAUCCAUCUAUUAUAUUUAUGGAUGAACCAACAUCUGGUCUGGAUGCUAGAGCAGCUGCAAUUGUCAUGCGAGCAGUGAAAAAUAUUGCUGAAACAGGAAGAACAGUUGUAUGCACCAUCCACCAACCUAGCAUUGAGAUAUUUGAGGCAUUUGAUGAGCUGAUUUUAAUGAAGAGAGGAGGAGAAUUAAUCUAUACUGGCCCAGUGGGACCGCAUUCCUGUAAAGUUAUUGAAUACUUUGAGAGUAUUCCUGGAGUGCCAGAAAUCAAAGAUAACUACAACCCUGCAACAUGGAUGUUGGAAGUUACUUCUACAUCAUCGGAGGUGCAACUGGGUAUAGAUUUUGCAUGUAUUUAUAGGGAGUCAACUCUAUCCAAGGACACCAAAGAGCUAGUUAAACAGUUGAGCUCACCACCACCAGAUUCCAAAGACCUGAAAUUCCCAACUCGUUUUGCACAAAACAGCUGGGGGCAGUUCAAAGCUUGCCUGUGGAAACAAUACUUGUCUUAUUGGAGAAGUCCUUCAUACAAUUUGGUGCGGAUUAUAUAUAUGCUUAUCACAUCUGUAACACUUGGAGUAUUGUUCUGGAAGCAUGGAAAGACAUUAAACAACCAGCAAGAUUUGUUCAACAUUCUUGCAUCAAUGUAUGUGGCCACAAACUUCAUUGGCAUCAACAACUGCUCAUCAGUUAAACCGUUUGUAGCAACCGAACGGGCAGUUGUAUACCGGGAGAAUUUUGCAGGAAUGUACUCUCCAUGGGCCUAUUCAUUUGCACAGGUGGUCAUUGAGAUCCCCUAUGUAUUCCUCCAGGUGGUACUCUUUGCAAUAAUUACAUAUCCAGCAAUUGGCUACUACUGGACAGCCUACAAGUUUUUGUGGUUCCUUUACACCAUGUUCUGCACAUUGCUCUACUUUGUUUAUCUUGGAAUGUUUCUUGUCUCAUUGACCCCAAAUGUUCAAUUUGCUUAUAUAUUGGCAUCCUUCUUCUACACCUUGCUAAAUCUCUUCUCAGGCUUCAUUGUACCAGCACCACAAAUUCCAAAGUGGUGGAUUUGGGUCUAUUAUAUCAACCCGUUGUCCUGGACACUGAAUGGCCUGUUUACUUCACAAUAUGGAGACAUAAAGAAGGAGAUAGUAGUGUUCGGAGAAACCAAAUCAAUUGCUUCUUUCUUAGAAGAUUAUUUUGGGUUUCACCAUGACCGUUUAGGGCUGGUGGCUGUUGUUCUUAUUGCCUUUCCUCUCAUCUUAGCUACUCUUUUUGCUUAUUGUAUGGGCAAACUGAAUUUUCAAAGGAGGUAA